AUGCUUGCAGCACCUGCUCCUGAGGGGCCUGGCAGUGAGGAAAAAGAACACCAUGAUUCCACCACCACGCUAUCCGGACACGAGCAAGAAGAGCUCAGGAAAGUAGCGUCUCGACAAUCAGCAGCAUCAACCGCAGCAGGUAGAAGCUUGAAGCAGGACUUUGCAUCGCUCAUAGACCCCACGAGUCCUCACUUCGACUUAUCCCAAUGGAUGCUUCAUCAAGUCCAACAAUUCGAAGGGGACAGCAGCGCACGGAAAACGGGAGUUGUAUUCAAAGAUGUUACUGUGCAGGGAAGCGGAUCCGAGAUUCAAACUCAACACACAGUUCUAUCCUCAGUCUACGCUCCCGUCCUAGGGGGUACGUUCAGUCGUGGCCCUAAAACCGCCAAGACAAUUUUACACGAUGUUCAUGGACACGUCGAGCAGGGCGAGAUGCUUCUCGUGCUCGGCCGGCCAGGAGCUGGAUGCUCUACCAUGCUGAAAACCAUUUCAGCGGAGACCAACGGACUUGACCUGUCGUCAAAUUCAGUCAUUUCUUACAAUGGAAUACCACAACCCUUGAUGAAGAAGAAUUUCAAGGGCGAGCUUCUCUAUAACCAGGAAGUUGAGAAACAUUUUCCCCAUCUAACGGUCGGCGAAACACUCAACUUCGCAGCAGCAGCACGUACUCCUCGAAUCCUCCCGAAUGGUAUGUCGAGAAAGGAAUAUAUCAGCCAUGUGAGGGACGUUGUGAUGGCAGUCUUCGGUUUGUCACAUACGGUCAACACGAAAGUUGGUUCUGAUUUUGUCCGGGGCGUCAGUGGAGGUGAGAGAAAGCGAGUAUCUAUCGCAGAAAUGGCCUUGGCUGGCUCGCCACUUUGUUGUUGGGAUAAUGCUACACGCGGCCUGGAUUCUGCGUCGUCUUUGGACUUCGUCAAGGCCCUUAAAACGAGCUCGAGGAUCUUUGGGACUACUCAUGUUGCGACGCUUUACCAACCCUCGCAAGCCGUAUACAAUUGCUUUGACAAGGUUAUGGUUCUCUACCAAGGGCAUGAGAUAUACUUUGGCCCUACCACGGAAGCGAAGCAGUACUUCGAAGAUAUGGGCUGGUAUUGUCCGCCUAGACAAACGACUGCAGACUUUCUGACGAGUAUAACUAACCCAAGUGAGCGGCAAGCACGGGAAGGAUAUGAAGGGAAGGUACCGCGGACUCCCGAGGAGUUCGGAGUGCACUGGAGGAGCAGCGCGAGCUACAAGCGACUGGGUCAUGACAUCUCAAGCCACGAGGCGAGAUUUGGUGCUGACUGUGGCGCCACCGAAGCAUUUAAGCAAAGUCAUGCCAAACGCCAGGCUCGGUACACACGUUCGAGCUCCCCGUAUUUGAUCGAUAUCCCGACACAAAUUGGGAUAUGUGCUUCCCGGUUUUACCAACGCGUCUGGAAUGACAUUCCUUCUACAUUAACUUUGAUGAUUGGACAGAUCAUUUUUUCCAUCAUCAUUGGGUCGCUAUUCUAUGGAGGCGCGCUCGGAACUGAGGAUUUCACUCUGAAGAUGUCGGCAUUGUUCUUUGCCAUUCUGCUUAACUCGCUUUUAACCGUCACCGAGAUUCAAAAUCUCUAUGCUCAGCGGCCGAUUGUUGAAAAGCAGGCUUCUUAUGCCUUUUACCACCCUUUCACGGAGGCCUUAGCGGGAGUUUGUGCCGAUAUCCCUAUCAAAGUCGGAUGCAGUCUUAUAUUCAACAUUGUGUUCUACUUCAUGUGUGGGUUUCGAUACGAGGCUGGUCCAUUCUUUGUUUUCUACCUGUUUGUCACCAUGGCUCUGCUUUGUAUGAGUCAAAUCUUUCGCUCCCUGGCUGCGGCGACUAAGGCGAUCCCUCAGGCACUCGCUGCUGCCGGAGUCAUCCUACUCGCCACUGUUAUCUAUACCGGCUACCUGCUUCCUCUACCCAGCAUGCACCCUUGGUUCAAGUGGAUCUCUUACAUCAAUCCACUAAGAUAUGCCUUCGAAGCACUGGCUGUGAACGAGUUCCAUGGACGUACCUACUUUAUAUGUGCUGCAAAGGGUGCGAUUGCUGGAGAGCUAUAUGUAAACGGAGACAACUUUCUCUCCGUGAGCUACGGGUACGAAUACAGCCACCUUUGGAGGAAUUUCGGCAUCCUCUGCGCUUUCAUCGUUGCUUUUCUCGCCCUGUAUCUAUUACUCACUGAGAUCAACUCGCAAACUUCAUCCACCGCGGAGAGUCUUGUCUUCCGACAUGGUCGCAUUCCCGUUGUCUUGCAGAAAUCUGCAAAUGACCCCAAGGCCGCCAAUAUCAGCGCAACUCAAGCACAAGAGGCGGCAGACGAAACGGUAAUGCCACCGCAUCAGGACACAUUCAUGUGGCGUGAGGUCUGCUAUGAUAUCAAGAUCAAAAAGGAGGAGCGUCGCUUGUUGGAUAAAGUCAGUGGAUGGGUGGAGCCUGGCACGCUGACUGCGUUGAUGGGUGUCUCGGGAGCUGGGAAAACAACCCUACUAAAUGUCCUCGCUCAACGUACUUCAACAGGUGUCAUCACAGGCGAUAUGCUAGUGAACGGGUCUCCUCUCUCUGCUAGCUUCCAGCGCAGCACGGGGUAUGUUCAGCAACAGGACUUGCAUCUUCAUACUGCGACCGUACGUGAGUCUCUACGGUUUUCGGCCCUGCUGCGUCAACCUAAAUCAGUCCCCGUCGAGGAAAAAUACGACUUUGUCGAAAAAGUCAUCACCAUGCUCGGAAUGGAAGAAUUCGCAGAAGCAGUGGUAGGCUUUCCGGGCGAAGGGUUGAAUGUCGAGCAACGGAAGCUUCUGACCAUUGGCGUUGAGCUUGCCGCAAAGCCCGCUUUACUUAUCUUCCUUGAUGAGCCAACCUCCGGGUUGGAUAGCCAGUCGUCGUGGACUAUUAUCGCGCUUUUGCGUCGGCUCGCAUCCAGUGGGCAAGCUAUUCUUUGUACGAUUCACCAGCCAUCAGCCAUGCUGUUCCAGCAGUUUGAUCGAUUGUUGUUCCUGGCUAAAGGCGGCCGCACCGUUUACUUUGGCGAUAUCGGACCAAAUUCUCGUACAAUGCUGGAUUACUUCGAGACAAAAGGUGCGAGAAGAUGCGACGACUCAGAAAAUCCAGCCGAGUACAUUCUCGAGAUUGCAGGCGCAGGAGUGAAUGGUAAAGCCGAACAGGAUUGGCCGACUGUGUGGAAGGAAAGUUCUGAAUAUACCCAAAUGAUGAGUGCUCUGGAGAAGAAGUGCUCAGCGGUGGGAUAUACCAAUAAUACCGACGAACAAGCUGAAUCAGAAGGAACCGAAGACGCCUUCGCGAUGCCUUUCAGUGACCAGUUCUCUGCUGUCCUCCGCCGAAUCUUUCAACAGUACUGGCGGUCACCCGAAUACAUAUAUGGCAAGCUGGCCUUGGGCAUCCUGUCAGCCCUUUUCGUCGGCUUCUCGUUCUACAUCCCCGGUACCUCUCAACAAGGCUUACAGUCGUCAAUUUUCUCUGUGUUUAUGAUCACAGCAAUCUUCACCGCUCUGGUCCAACAGAUCAUGCCUCAGUUCAUUUUCCAGCGAGACCUUUAUGAGGUCCGGGAACAACCGUCGAAGACUUACCACUGGGCAGCCUUUCUAGGCGCCAAUCUAAUAGCAGAGAUCCCCUACCAGGUGUUCGUCGCGAUCCUGGUCUACGCAAGCUUCGUGUACCCCGUAUACGGUAUCGCAGACUCCCAGCGCCAGGGGAUCAUGCUCCUUCUGAUCAUCCAGUUCUUCAUCUACGGGUCGACCUUUGCGCACGCUGUAGUUUCCGUUCUGCCUGAUGCCGAGACAGCCGGCCUCAUUGCCACCAUGCUGUUUAACAUGACACUUGUCUUUAACGGUAUUCUUGUUCCUCGCAUCGCGCUUCCUGGAUUCUGGGAUUUCAUGUAUCGCAUCUCGCCAAUGACCUACCUCGUGAAUGCCAUCAUUGCCGCAGGUGUGAGUGGUCGUGCGGUUAACUGUUCCGAGAAGGAAUUGAGCGUCUUCAGUGUUGCACCUGGGUAUGAUACCUGCGGGCAAUACUUGGAAGCCUACCUCGAAGCGGCCGGUACUGCCGCAGGCAAGCUUCUCAACCCGGAGAGUACUGAUCAAUGCAAGUAUUGUACCCUUCAGACGGCUGAUCAAUUUCUGGCGAGUCGGGAUAUAUACUACGACCAGCGUUGGCGGAACUUUGGGCUCCUUUGGGCAUAUAUUGCUUUCAAUGCUGCCUUUGCUUUUGCUAUCUAUUAUCUUUGUCGGGUGAGGUCGUGGAAGAGGAAGGCCUGAUUUAUCUUUCGCCCACGGUGGAUAUUGGUUGAUAGAAGUUGAUAUUUGGUCACUUUCGUUGGGGUUAUAUUUCGUCAUACACCAGCU